UUCCCCCAUUAUUCCCCCCCCCCCCACAGACCCAUUUUCCAUCUCUUUAAACCCAUCCACAGGCCUCCAGGAAGGGCUGACUGUUAGCAAUAAGGAGAGAGCGACGCCAGCGUGGAACCCCACAAACUCCCUCCGUGGUCCCCGGAACCCGAUGCCCACCGCUCCGCCUCCCGCUGAGCCCCCGCUGCCCCCCACCCGCGCCUGAGCCCCGGCACCGUGCCGCAGCCCUGCCCAGCCCGCACCGCCUCGCCCCGCUCACGGGGCCCACUGCAAGGCAGAACUCACGCCGCGCCAUGGACUCCAUGUUCGAGGACGACAUCAGCAUCCUGACCCCGGAGGCUUUGGGGCCGGACGAGGACUGGCUGGACAGCCCCAACACCGACCUCUCGGGGGAGAUGUGCUCCGCGUCCCAUUUCGCCCUCAUCACCGCGUACGACGACAUCAAGAACCGCCUGAGCGGGCUGGAGAGGGAGAACUCCACGCUCAAACGGCGCCUGAAGAUGUACGAGGUCAAGGUGAGAGCUUUAGGGUGGGG